AUGUCUAAAUGUCCGGAACAUGGAGAAUCUACUUACUCCCCAGAAAUUGAUCAUCCACAAUAUGAUGAGGAGAUUGAGGCACAGAUGGGUUGCAAGUCCUCAGAUGCAAUUCUAGAUGCAGAUUCUCGCUGGGACCCCAAAGCACAAUCACCGGUAACUCCUGAGUCAAACGAUAGAUCAUCGUCGAAAUCUUUGACAAGCAGUGUUGUGGACUUUCCUGAAGAGAAUGGCAGAACAUAUCAUGGCUACCGCCCUGGAAGUACUGCUAAUCAAUCUGAUUUUGUUCGUCAACGACUAACUAUUCCUACAGCAUAUCACUUUCCCAAUGAUGCUAAUGAACAGGACAGACUUGAAGCACAAUUCGACAUGCUAAAAUGUGCUUUCUCGGGUCGCAAUUACUUUUCACCUCUGUCCAGUCCUCGUUAUAUCCUCGAUAUUGGUACUGGGACAGGUCAAUGGGCAAUUCAAAUGGGCGAUACCUUUCCAAAAGCAGAAGUCCAGGCUACUGAUCUCUCUCCGAUCCAACCGGUAUCCGUACCAGAGAAUGUUCAUUUUUAUAUCGACGAUGCUAGCGAUGACGAUUGGAUGUUGCCACCUAACCACUUUGAUUACAUACAUACUCGCAUUCUGCUAGGUUGCUUCAAGGACUUUGAUACUAUUAUCAAGAGAGGAUUCCAUUAUACGAAACCAGGAGGCUAUAUGGAGAGUCAAGAAAUUAUGUUUACUCCUUAUUGCGACGAUGAAUCAAUGACCGACAGCUGGCCGUUCUUAGAAUGGGUUGGAUACAUCGACAAGGCGGCAACGAAAGCUAGCAGAUCAAUGAACAUUGCCAGUAAUCUCAAGACUUGGUACGAAGCAGCAGGGUUUGUUGACGUUCAAGAAAAGAUCUACAAAUUACCAGUCAAUCCUUGGUCAGAAGACGAACACCUACAGAAACUUGGGGAAAUGUCAGAACAAAACUGGCUUGCGUGCUUGUCUAGCUUCAGUAUGGCUUUAUUUUCUCGAGUCCUGAAUUGGAAACAAGAACAGAUUGAAGUCUAUUUAGUGAAUGUUCGGAAAGCCAUACCGAAUCGAAGCGUUCAUGCCUAUCACAAAAUAUAUGUUGUAUGGGGAAGAAAGCCACAAGAUGGAGAGAAGACACUCAGUGGGAUCCCUGAAAAGACGCCCUCCGAACCAUGUCCGGCCCAGCCUAAGCCCAUGGAGAUCGUCUCGUAA